AUGAUACUGCAACAAAUGUCUAGGUUAUUUUCUCUAGGUCAAAAACAACACAGUGAAGAGAUCUAUAGCAAAGGGAUAGAGAUAUGGCCACAACCACAACAAGACUUGAAGAACUACAGUGUGUUUGGAGUGGUUCCUAAAACCUUUUCAUUUGAUGAGUGUGGAAGAAGAUUCAUGAUGAUGAGACGCAAUGGAGGAAUGAACUGUCAAGACUGUGGGAAUCAAGCGAAGAAAGACUGUACACAUCUAAGAUGCAGAACUUGUUGUAAGAGUCGAGGAUUUCAGUGUCAAACUCAUGUGAAGAGUACUUGGGUUCCAGCUUCUAAACGCCGUGAACGACAGCAACAUCUAUCUUUGUUGCAACAUCAACAACCGUUUCGUCGUAGAGAUCGUGGAGAUAAUUUUAAACAAAAUAUACACAAUCAAGAUGGUGCAGGUUCUUCUCUUCCAUGUCCUCAACCACCUAACCCUACCACAGGGUUUGAGUUGGGACAGUUUCCAGCUGAAGUGAGUUCUGCAUCAGUAACGUUUAGGUGUGUGAGAGUGAGUUCAGUGGACGGUCCAGAUGAGCAAUGUGCGUAUCAAACGGCUGUGAACAUAGGAGGACAUGUUUUCAAAGGAGUUUUAUAUGAUCAAGGUCCUUCUCCUCCUUCAAGUUUUUACACCAGUAGUACUAUUGCUGCACCUAUUGAAGGUUCUUCCGGUGGAGGUCAUCAUCAACCUCAACAACCUCAACAACUUGAUUUCUUAACAACUGCGCAUGUAUCCGCAACCGCAACCACUGGUAUCUCGUUUGAUCCUUCUCUUUACUCAGCUCCGCUACACGCUUUCAUGGCCGGUACACAAUUUUUCCAUCCACAACAUCGUAAUUAA